AUGGCAUGGCAACCUCCUAGCCCUGGUAUGUUAAGCUUAAAUACUGAUGCUUCUGUUAUUAAUAAUGGAGUUUAUAUUGGAGUGGGAGUUGUUGUGAGAAACCAUUUGGGGGAUCUGGUGCUAGCGGGAGGAGAAAGAGUCCAAGGCCGUUUUUGGCCAAGUGUUGCUGAGUUGUUGGCAAUCUGUAAGGGGCUGGAAUAUGUAGUAGAGCAUAAUUGGUUACUAGAGAAGGUUGAAUGUGAUUGUUUAGAGGCUGUGAGAGUGGUAAAUGAUGUUGCCAACAAACUGGUAAUGGUAGGGGAGUUUCUAAGCGGGGCAGCUCUCAGAGCAGCAUUCGGGUUGCUGUUUGAUGUGGUUAAGGAAGCGAUUGACAAGUGA